CUAGGCGGCUGCGCAGACGGCGCGCCUCGCACAGAGCAGCCCCCGACCCGGCCGAAUGCGGACUUGUGCCGCCGCCGUCGCUGCCGCCUGGGCCGAGUGACAAAGGAAGGAAGGCAGUGAGGAGGAGCCGGCCCUGCAGCCGCUGACAGGGCUUCGGGCUCGGGGCACAGCGCGGACACUUCCUGAGCAGCCGCUGAGCAGAAGCGAGGGGCGGAGGCCGGCCGUGCCGGGGCCGCGGACGGGGGAGGGGACCCCGAGGGACGGAAGCGGUUGCCGGGUUCCCAUGUCCCCGGCGUAUGGGGAGCAGUCAAGGAGCCGCUGCCUGGGGUCUGAAGGGAGCUGCCUCCGCCGCCGCCGCCGCCAUGGCCGCUGGAUCCAGCCACCGCCUGCAGCUGCUCCUGGCGCAAUGAGGAGAGGAGCCGCCGCCACCGCCCGCCGCUGACUCGCGACUCCGCUGCCCUCCGGUUCACCCGGCCGCCGCCGUCAGUCCGCCGGAUCCCGCUGCUGCCGGAGCCGCAGCGUUUGCCGUCGCAUCUCCGAGCCAUCUCCUCCCUCCUUCCCAUCCCCCUUCUCUUCAAGCGUGAGGCUCGUGAUCCUUCCGCGGCUUCCCUUCUUCAUUGACUCGGAAAAAAAUCCCCGAGGAAAAUAUAAUACUCAGAGUACUUAUUUUCAAUCAAGUAUUUGCCCUCGUUCACGUGAUAUAUAUAUAUAUAUAUUUUUAAGGAUUCCACUCCACCCUUUUUCUCCCCUCCCACGAAAGGGAGGCGAAAGAAUUGUAUUUUUUCCCCCAGCCCUAAAUCAUCUAUGUGUUAAAUAUCCGUACUGAUCUGUCUUGAAGGAGAAAUACAUCGCUCUCAUUUUUUUAAUAGCUAUACAAAAGGAGUGAAAAGCCAAGAGGACGGAGUCUUUUUUUUUUCUUUCUCUUUCUUGCGGGAGAACUUAAUGCUGCAUUUAUCAUUAACGUAGCACCCUAAUAUAAAACAAAAGGAAGAAAAGGAUUAAGGAAGGAAAAGGUGAUUCAAGAAGAGCCGUCAUGUCGGGGCGACCGAGAACCACCUCUUUUGCAGAGAGCUGCAAGCCAGUGCAGCAGCCUUCAGCUUUUGGUAACAUGAAAGUUAGCAGAGAUAAAGAUGGCAGCAAGGUGACUACCGUGGUGGCAACUCCUGGACAGGGUCCUGACAGGCCACAAGAAGUCAGUUAUACAGACACUAAAGUGAUUGGAAAUGGAUCAUUUGGUGUGGUGUAUCAAGCCAAACUUUGUGAUUCAGGAGAACUGGUCGCCAUCAAGAAAGUUUUGCAGGACAAGCGAUUUAAGAACCGAGAGCUCCAGAUCAUGAGAAAGCUAGAUCAUUGUAACAUAGUCCGAUUGCGGUAUUUCUUCUACUCGAGUGGUGAGAAGAAAGAUGAGGUCUACCUUAAUCUGGUGCUGGACUUUGUUCCGGAAACAGUGUACAGAGUUGCCAGACACUAUAGUCGAGCCAAACAGACACUCCCUGUGAUCUAUGUCAAGUUGUAUAUGUAUCAGCUGUUCAGAAGUUUAGCCUAUAUCCAUUCCUUUGGAAUCUGCCAUCGAGAUAUUAAACCACAGAACCUCUUGUUGGAUCCUGAUACAGCUGUAUUAAAACUCUGUGACUUUGGAAGUGCAAAGCAGCUGGUCCGAGGAGAACCCAAUGUUUCAUAUAUCUGCUCUCGGUACUAUAGGGCACCAGAGUUGAUCUUUGGAGCCACUGAUUAUACCUCUAGUAUAGAUGUAUGGUCUGCAGGCUGUGUGUUGGCUGAGUUGUUGCUAGGACAACCAAUAUUUCCUGGGGACAGUGGUGUGGAUCAGUUGGUGGAAAUAAUCAAGGUCCUGGGAACACCAACAAGGGAGCAAAUUAGAGAAAUGAACCCAAAUUAUACAGAAUUCAAAUUCCCUCAAAUCAAGGCACAUCCUUGGACAAAGGACUCGUCAGGAACAGGACAUUUCACCCCAGGAGUACGGGUCUUCCGGCCCCGAACUCCACCAGAGGCAAUUGCACUGUGUAGCCGUCUACUGGAAUACACACCAACCGCCCGAUUGACACCACUGGAAGCUUGUGCACAUUCGUUUUUUGAUGAAUUACGGGACCCAAAUGUCAAACUACCAAAUGGGCGAGACACACCUGCGCUCUUCAACUUUACCACUCAAGAACUGUCAAGUAACCCACCUCUGGCCACCAUCCUUAUUCCUCCCCACGCUCGGAUUCAAGCAGCUGCUUCCACCCCUACGAACGCCACUGCAGCCUCAGAUACUAAUGCUGGAGACCGUGGACAGACCAAUAAUGCCGCUUCUGCAUCAGCUUCCAACUCCACCUGAACAGCCCCAAGUAGCCAGCUGCGCAGGAAAAACCAGCAGUUACUUGAGUGUCACUCAGCAACACUGGUCACGUUUGGAAAGAAAAUUAAAAAGAGGAAAAAAACAAAAACAAAAAA